GCACAUUCCCCUCGCAUAUAUACAUCCCCUCCAUAAUGUCGACCAUGAAGCAGCAAUCCCUUCAAGAGUUGCAGACAGCUUCUCUCCUUGCCGUCCUCAACUUGAAUGAAGAGCCUGUUGCGUCUAGCUCGGGCGAGAAGAGCGCUCCGUCAGGACCGACAGUUUGGAAGGUCUUGGUACUCGAUGAUCAUAGCAAAGAUGUUCUUGCGACGGUACUGCGAGUACAGGAUCUUAGAGAGGUUGGAGUGACGUUGCAUGUUCAACUCCAUUCCCAAAGACCUGUCAUUGCUGACGUACCUGCGAUGUACCUUGUCGCUCCCACGCUCACCAACGUCCAAAGGAUAGCACAAGACCUCACCGACACAUUAUACGAAUCCUUUUAUAUAUCGUUUUUAUCCCCUCUCCCAAGAUCGACACUGGAGGAACUUGCUUCCCUCGUAGCACGAGACGGCACAUCAGAGCUCGUUCAACAGGUGUUGGACCAAUACCUCGACUUCAUUUGCCCAUCACCGUCGUUGUUCUCCCUUCUCCCCAUGACUCUUCCCUCCCAAGGAAAUCAGCUCUCGGCACCUGCACAGACCAACGGUGCAGGUGCACACGCCUCGGCUCCUUCAACCUACGCGCUCCUCAACUCCCCUGCAACAUCCGAGCAAACACUAGAGGCUCUCACAGACCACAUUGCCUCCGGUCUGUUCUCUGUGCUGGCGACUAUGGGUGUGGUACCGUAUAUUCGCUGUCCGAGGGGAAACGCUGCCGAGAUGGUAUCCAGGAAACUGGAGACGAAGAUACGGGAUAGUAUCGCCGGUGCUGGACUGGGUGGUAGGGGAGGAGUGUUCGGGAGAACAGACGUAGGGGUCAUGCAGAGACCUUUGAUGGUCAUCCUUGAUCGUAACGUCGAUCUCAUCUCUAUGCUUUCCCAUUCAUGGACGUACCAAUCCCUUGUUCACGACGUCCUCGAGAUGAACCUCAACCGCGUCACCGUUUCUACCCCGGAUCACGGCAAGAUGCAGAAGAAGUCGUACAAUUUUGAUCGGUCAGAUUUCUUCUGGGAGAAGAAUGCCGGAAACCCAUUCCCGCAGGUUGCGGAGGAUAUCGACAUAGAGCUGAAUCGAUACAAACAAGACGCUGCCGAGCUCACUCGAAUAACAGGGGUCUCUAAUAUGGACGAUGUGUCGCAAAUGGACCUUGCGAACAAUACAGCUCACCUGAAGGAGGCGGUAACACAGCUCCCGGAGCUGACUGCCCGCAAGGCAACAUUAGACACGCACAUGAACAUUGCCACUGCACUAUUGCAAGCUAUCAAGUCACGAGCAUUGGAUGAGUACUUCCAAGCGGAGGAAAAUGUGACACGACAGUCUAUGGGAGCCAUCUUGGAGAUGCUCAGAAUGCAAAAAGAAGGCGUUCAACCGACGAACGAGGACAAGCUCCGACUUGCUCUCAUCUUCUAUCUCAGCUCACGGGAAGAUGACAAAGUCGACCUGGGAGAACUGGAGAAGGAGCUCAAGAAACAAAGUUGCGAUAUUUCGGCUAUGGAGUAUGUCAAAAAAAUCCGCGAGAUCUCACGCAUGACCAACCUUGCCGCUGCCGCACCUGCCGCCCAACCGUCGAACACGACAAAUGAGCUGUUCCGAGGCUUUUCUUCUCUCUCAAAUCGCUUAACCGAUCGAUUGAAAGAGGGCGGGCUGGCCGGCGUGCCAGGGUUCGACAACCUCCUUUCAGGUGUCAAGAACUUCUUACCGGCGCGCAAAGACUUUGCUACAACACGCCUAGUCGAAGCGCUCAUGGAUCCCGCCACAGCGUCAACACAAGCGCUGCAGGAUACGGACGACUUCCUAUUCCUUGAUCCACGUGCGCGAGUCUCCGCCAUGGGUGCUGGAAGAGGCGGGAAACGAAUGGCAAGUCAGGAGGGUAUCGUAUUUGUCGUCGGUGGAGGGGGAUAUGUCGAGUUCGGUAACCUGAUGGAGUGGGCAGGGAGAAGCGGACGCAAGGUUACCUACGGGGCUACAGAGCUUGUAAGACCGGGCGACCUUGUCAAAGUGCUGGCGGAGCUUGGGUCUCAACAGCAUUAAUUACCACGCAUGUUCUCGGAGUCCAGGCUCACUCGCGAUUGACUGUUU